UUGUCGAAUUCAAUUAAAAACUGUAAUUAUUUACUUAUGCUUUUAAUUAAUUCUAUACUAUGUACAAUAAAGCGGCCGUCUAACGUCUUGCGAGUAUAACAGUUUACUUUGACUUAUACUACAUAAGUCACCCCAUAUCAUACAAAUUACUUGAAUUUUAUUUAAGGUGGUAUAAUUGAGAACAUAAUAAAUAACUAUGAUAGGCAACAUUUGUGCAUUAUUGUUAUGUUGUUUCGCUAUAACGUCAAGUAUAAAAGAAAUCGAAUCAGCAGGCAACAGCAAGAUUAAUCCUACGCGAUUUAUCAUCCAAUCGACUCAUAAAAAUUAUUUACGUGCCGUAAAUAAUUUAAAAACUUUCAACAAACGUCCAAAAAUAGUUAUUACACCCACAGACGAGAAAAAACUGUCAACAACAGAUUGCGACAGCAUUAAUGAAUACCGUUUAAAAUUGAAAAGCCGCGAUAAGUUAGAGAAAAAAGGUCGGGACGUCAUGUGUAGUUUUUGUGUAAUUGUACAAUCCAACAUAAUGUGCUUGAAGAACAUAGUCGAAGAGUUAAUAAGCGGAGAAACUUUCAUUAGUAACGAAAGUGUUAAAAUAAAACAUUUUAAACAGGAAGCCGAAUUAAUAGUUGCACUAUAUCCGGUGGAGAAUCUACAAACGGGCAAAUGGCUUUGGAGUUAUUUUUUGAAAUUGAUCGCCAUCAGACAAUACGACGACAAUAAACACUAUAUCCACGAGAACCCUUUCGAAGACGAUCAACUGCAAGCAGGUGUUUCGGAUUUCAUUGGCAAUUGUGUGCAAGAAAAAUACCUACCUCCGGCUGCAGUUGAACCGGAUUUUGUUACAAAAAACACGAGUAUAAGCGAUAAGCUGUUUACCGACCUACGCGAUUCCAAAUGGUUUAAAGACUUUUCCCUUGACCGUAAUUACGAUGCACUGUUAGACGUUUUAUACCUGAAACCAUUUUGGGAAGACCAAAGACAACUGUUGUUCAGAGGAAUAACCCAGGGGUUCGAUGUCGAUUGGAGUAGGGUGAGACAACGACACCGGAAGGAGAUGGGCAUUACCAGAGCAUUCGUGGAAAAUCGCACUUGGAUUCACAAUCCGUACGGUCGGCUGGAUCAUCAACACUUGUUGAUCAAAAUUAUCGACGCCAGAUUGUAUUGCUACAUUUGGGUUAUACUUUAUGUUUAUGAAAAACAAUCGUCCCUGCUCGACGAACCGACGCUAGAAGAAAUCAAAGAUCUUGUUCACGACGUUAUCAACGAAACAGUGGAUUUAUCGAUCAAAGAUGAAUUUCUUGUAGUUAUUUUAUCAGAACUCCGGUUGGCAAAAACACGCGACGUUGACGACAUAAAAGACAUUUUAGCAAGAGUGACGGCAAAAGCCAAUGAGCUCCUGGACGAUUUAAACGGUACAAAAACCACCGAAAUCGAUUGGCUCAGUUUCGACGUCGACGAAGUCCAACUGUCUACCAGCAGAUUGAUAAAGAUAAUCAUUAUGGAUUUCCACUUCUAUUUGAACUCAUUAAAAAGCUACUGCUCGCCAUACGAAUAUAAAACGCUUUUACAUUUUGUUGAUGUAGUCAAAUUGUCGGCUGCUCGAUAUCUUUAAAAAGUCUGACAACAUUUUCGACUACUCAGGAUGGUCCGAUUUCAGAUCUGUAAAAUUAUACACACUGACUUUUGAUGUAUUGCUUUAUUUAAGUAAAAUAUUUUUUUGUAAUGUAGACAUUUUUAAAAUUAUAUUUGAGUUUAAAAAAAUGAGUUUUUUAAUUGAAACCCCUACACAGCCGAGUAAAGAGUAGUCAAAGAACUCAAAUGACUUUACAGAAUAGAAAUUUUACCAUAAUAAAUGGGCAAAUUUUGUCGGAUUUUGGUCUAAAAUACCAACAAAAUAGCGUUCACUCAUUGAAAAAAAAUCAUUUGAAGAUUAUGUAAAUUAAAUGUUCACCCUGUCUGCAUAGUUAAGAACACCUAUACUGAAAAAAAAAAUGAAUACGGAGCUCUAAAAAAAAUUCUAUAUCGUCCGCUGUUAUUUGAAUGUUAAAUUAAAAACACAAUGUUUAUAAAUCAACUUAAACAAUAAUAUAAUAUCA